UAUUCAUGUUUGAAACUGUCGUUCAGAAAAAGAAAGUAAAGUUUAGAUUGCUGGAGCUCAAACAGUGAAAAUGGCUUCAUCAGCUGAAUAUGACUAUAAUUGUCCCGUGUGCUGUGAAAUCUUCAAGGCUCCUGUUCUUUUAUCAUGUAGUCACAGUGUCUGUAAAGAGUGUCUUCAACAGUUCUGGAGAGCUAAGGAAACUCAGGAGUGUCCUGUCUGCAGGAGAAGAUCCUCAAAGGAAAAUCCUCCAUUAAAUCUGGCGUUACAAAACUUGUGUGAGUCGUUCCUGACGGAGAGAAAUGAGAGCCGUUCAUCAGGAUCUGAGGAGAUCUGCAGUUUACACAGUGAGAAACUCAAACUCUUCUGUCUGGAGGACAAACAGCCUGCGUGUUUAGUGUGCUUUACUUCACAAAAACACAUCAAUCACACAGUCAGACCCAUCAGUGAAGUUGUUCCAUCAUAUAAGGAGGAGCUCAAUAAGGCACUGAAGGCCUUACAGGAGAAACUUCAACACAAUGAAAACAUUAAAGAAGCGUUUGAGGAAACAGUUCAACACAUCAAGUCUCAAGCUGAGCACACAGAAUGUCAGAUUAAACAGCAAUUUGAGAAGCUUCAUCAGUUUCUCAGAGAUGAAGAAGAAGCUACAAUCACUGCACUGAGGGAGGAAGAGGAGCAGAAGAAGCAGAUGAUGAAGGAGAAGCUGGAGGAGAUGAACAGACACAUCUCAGCUCUUUCACACACAAUCAAAGACACGGAGGAGAUGAUGAAAGCCAAUGCCAUCUGCUUUCUAAAGGAGUUUCCAGUCACGAUGGAAAGAGUCCAGAUCUCACAGCCGGAUCCACAGACGCCUUCUGGAGCUUUGAUUCAUGUGCCAUGUUACUUGGGCAACCUGCCCUUCAGAGUCUGGAAGAAGAUGCAGGACAUUGUCCAAAACACUCCUGUGAUUCUGGAUCAAAACACUGCAUUUUCACAUCUCGUCCUGUCUGAUGAUCUGACCAGUGUGAGAUACAGCGAGAAGAAUCAAGUGCUUCCUGAUAAUCCAGAGAGAUUUGACUCUUAUCCUUGUGUUCUGGGCUCAGAGGGUUUUAACUCAGGAACACACUGCUGGGAUGUGGAGGUUAAAAAGAUUCAAUGCUGGAGUCUUGGAGUAACUACAGCAUCAAACCAAAGGAAAAGAGAUGUUUUCUUUAACACUGAUGUCUGGAGUGUACAGUACGGAUGGCCUGAACGGUUUGGUUUUCCUGUUAAACAGAAUCUUGAGCGUGUGAGAGUGUAUCUGGACUUUGACAGAGGAACGGUGUCAUUCUCUGAUCCUGUAACUAACACACAUCUACACACAUUCACAACCACUUUCACUGACACAGUCUUUCCAUUUUUCUGUACGGUUUACUCUCUGAGGAUCUUACCGUUCAAUAGUCAGUAAACGUUGCACCUGUAGAUCUGGAUCAACCUGCUUUCAUCUUUUACUGUCAUCAUGUUUCCAAUAUUUAAUCCAUAUCAUCAUUUCAAUAUUUGUUCAUCAUGAGACUAAAUGAAUAAUUGUUUAUUUCAGUUAUAGAGGUUAAAUGAUAAUUUGUUCAUUGAUGUAAAUGGAUGUAAAAGUCAUUUUUAAUCCACAUCAAUUUAAAAUGAAAUAGAAAUACUUGAUUAAAGCCAUUUACAAAUCUGAUUCUCAGAACAAAUUCUCAGAGUCUCUGGGACUCAGUGAAAACUCUUUAAAAGUUUGACUCAGUUUCUGAACAAAUUUUGAUAAUCCCUUUAUCCAAAUUUUUUUUUUUUUACAUUA